AUGGGCGAUAAUGGUUCUUCUGUUUCUUGUUGUGUUGGUUUUGGUCGUGCUCUUCGUGCUUGCAUUUGUUGUUGUAAUGUUGUUUUUAUUUAUUUUCCUUGUGCUGUUCCAUGUAUGGCUAUUGGUGGUGAAGAUUGUGUUCCUCCCUGUUGUGCUAAUGAUGGCCCUUGUGAUCCUGAUAAUGAUUGUUGUGGUAGUGUUUUUGGCUAA